AUGAAAUAUCACUCGCUAAUUUUAUUUUCAAUCUUUUCAAGUUCCCUUGGAGUAAAUGCAGCAGCAGCUGCUGCUCCUGCUGCUGCCGAUACCACAACAACUUCUCCUACAACAGGCACAGGAACAACGACAACUGCUGCAGCUGCUGCUGCUGCGAAUACAAACACGGGAACGACUACCGCAGGAGCUACUACGGGAACAACAACCAAAGCAACAACUACAGGAACUGCUACUGGAACUACUACUACGCCGGUUGGUGCAGCUGCGAAUACGGAUACUACAAAUACGGAUACCACCAAAGAUACCACUACAACUGACCCUGCUGCGGCUGCAGAUACCGCAACCACGGACACUGCAAAAACAGAUACUGCCACAACUGGAACUGCGACUAAAAAUACAGCAAAUACAAAUACAAAGACAACUGCGACUACAACGGCUGCAGCCGACCCUGGUGUAAUCAAUCCUGGUGUUCCAGCUGCUACAACUACGGUCUCUUACUCCGAGCACUCAGGAAAUCCUGCUACUGUUGGUGUAUCAUUCGUGACCACGUAUAUAAAACCAUCCACCUCAGAAGAACCUAUAGAAAGUUCUGGUCAAUCGACACUGUCUUCCUCCGGCUCGAACAAGUCGGGCUCAAGUGAUUCUGGAGCUGUGUCUUUAAAACCAAGCAACAUUUUGUUAUUGCCUUGUAUUUCUUUGGCUUUUCUCUUUCUUGGAUCCGGUAUUCUUUUUUAA